UCACUUUUAUACGUUGGAAGUAUCAACAAAGAUGAUCUUCAACAAAGUUCACGCAUUACAAGCUGCGUCGAUGGUUUUUACAGCGCAUGUGUGGUACGUGCAAUCGCCCAACGUGUAACGUAACGGACACAAGUGUGCGAGGGGCUCCCGGAAGUGGCUACUCGGUUGCUAUAGCAACUGAAAUACGCUGCUGUAUAACUUGGAGUCGAAACGACCGGAAUUAGCUCACGGUGUUUUCUAAAUGGAGGCCUCCUCACAGAGUAAAGAUGGCAGAGGACUAUGGAACCAGCCCAGAGCCCCACAGUACAGCAAGGAAACCCAGGAUAUGCUGAGAUCAAUGAUGCAGCAAUCAAGAUUUACCAACCUCCAGAGAAAACAAAUCAAUGAAUGUCUUAAGAACGGAGCAGCUUUACCACUGACCGCUGACCCCACAUCAUCAGCUUCCCCCACUAAGCCUAAAACUACUAAAUCUGUCCAAAAAAGUCUGCUCUGCAAGCCUCAGAGACGCACCGCUGAAGCUUGUCGCUCUGGAAACAGCUACGUCAGAGAAAAGUUCCAUCCUGGUCCCUUAAGAGACUUAGAGAAAGAGAAGAUGAGGCUUCAGAAUAUAUUGGCAACGGGAGAAGAGGAGCCAAAAGCUUACCGAAAUGUUCCUGCAUGUCUGAACCCAGAGGUGGCGGAGCAGAAAGACCGGUAUCAGGAAGUACUGGAUGAGAUACAAGAGAGAAGACAGUUUCUGGCAGAUAUGUCUUCUCUGGGUCAGGAAAAGCAGUACCUCAACAUCAUCAACACUCAGAUAUCCCAGAGGAUUCGAGAACUGCAGGUGUUGGACAAGGCCCGCAGUCCCGAGAACAAUGCAAUCACAUCUGAGAGGAAAUGGGAGACAGCAGAGCAGAACACAGAAAAGAUGGAGUUAAAAGAGAUGAGGGAGAGAAGACUCACCGGCACCGACUGAACAUUUAAAAGUUACUUACUGGAAAUCAGGUGGAAAACAACACAACUUCAAAUUCAGAUUUGAGUGUGAUGUAAUGAGUGCAAAAACAGCAAAGAGGUUACAGCUAACUGUGCUACAACUAUACAAGCAGUUAUAUAAAACAAUAUGAAGACAAAACUGUGAUGUCAGGCUGUGAAAGCAUUUGAUUUGCAAGAAACACAAACGGCUUGUAUUAAGUUAUUUUAAUCCACUGUCUUGCAGUGUACAUUUCGUUUCAUAAUCCUGCUUUAGGACAACGUAUAGCUGACAGAAAUGUGGCACUACAGAAGCCCUUGGUUUCAGCUGGACAUUAAGACAGGCACAGAGCAGAAACACAGACAACAGAGAUUACCAUUUAAAAUGGAGGACAGUCGAACUGACCAAACAGGAACAGAAAAAGUAAACAUACUGACAUACGAACAAAUGAUACUUAUCCACAUAUGCAAUUAAAUAAAUGGCACUCGUACAAACAAUAUUAACACUUUAAGGCAAAACAUGGAAACACACAGAAAGGCAUAGUAAAAUAUAAAUUAAUGAUUAUAUAUUCAGGGUUUCCCCGAUGGUUAAAACUGAUAUAAGCUGAUGCUUCGCUGCAGUUGUUAAAAUACUGUAUAUCUGCCCUUUUCUAGUACUCAUUAUUGCAAGUGUGACCUUUAAUAUUGAUAAACCUUCUGACAUCUGCACUUUAACGCGUUUUUCAAUUUUUUCAUCUCCCACUUUGUUUCCAGUCUCUCUCUCUCACACACAUCCACACCCACCCACACACACACAGUUUCUACGGUCAUCCAUAACUUAGACGAUUUACAUUACAAAAAAGACA